UUAGAUGGAGAAAAGAAGGCAGAAAACUUUUUUCACCGCAGAAACAAAAAAGCUGAUCAACAACACUCAAUGAAGAUUCAAGAAUCAUUGAAUUCCCACCAACAGGCUCUGCAUAAAUUCACCAACCCGUGACAGAUAUUUGUAUUCAAUAUAUGUCAUUUAUGAACUCCCACCUCUGACCGCCCAUGCUUAUUGGUUUCUUUCCUUCCCAGUAUACCCUUCUCAACAAUUCUUUCCCUCUCUCUCUCGGAAGAGACCCUCCUCUUUUACACCUUUCUAAAAAAAGGAAAAUGGAGUUUAUUAAAUAAUUAUGUAGCAAAACUGAGCUUGCCUCGUCUUCUGCCCAGGGACAAAAGUGCUUCUUCACUUGUGUUGUUUUGUUUUUUGUUGGCUUUCAAAGACCUCCAAAGCCAGACAAGAUUUUGGGGGCUUUCUGGGCAAUAUAACUCUGCAGGGAAAGUGUGUGUUUAGGAGAGUUUAAACCCAAGUAUCAUAUUUUCUUGAAAACCCAAAAACACACUGUAGACUGGUUGGUUUUAGUGUUGGACUCUGUGGAGUUGCAGAAACCAGUUAAGUAGUUUCUGAGAUGGACCCAGAACCAUUCAUGAUUGAGUGGUGGUAGCGGUUUCCAAGCUUUUGAGAGAGGGAUUUGAACUGGUUGGAGGGCUUGGAUUCAAUUUCCUCUCUCUAUUGCUUUUCUCAGUCUGAGACCUCAUUCCCAAAUGGGUUUUUGUUUCUUUGGCUCUAUUUUUGCUCUCACACUGUUCUUCAAGCUUUUGGCUUCUCAACAACCCAACACGGAUGGUUUCUUUGUCUCUGAGUUCUUUCAGAAGAUGGACUUAGCCUCUUCUCAAGUCGACUUUUCUGCUCCUGUUUGCUCAUGGGAAGGGGUUUUCUGUGAUAAAAAUAAUGAAUAUGUUGUUGAGUUGGUAGCUUCUGGUUUAGGCCUAGCCGGUUCUAUUCCUGACACCACCAUUGGCAAGCUCGCCAAGCUUCAUUCUUUGGAUCUCAGUAACAACAAAAUCACUGGCUUGCCUUCAGAUUUGUGGAGUUUAGGCUUACUCAAGAGCCUUAAUCUCUCCUCCAACUGGAUUUCUGGGCCCCUACCUAACAACAUUGGCAAUUUUGGUUUCCUUGAAAUCUUCGACAUUUCAAGCAACAAUUUUUCUGGGGAAAUUCCGGCAGACGUGAGCUCCCUAGUCAGCCUGCAAGUCCUUAAACUCAAUCGUAACGGGUUUGAGCGGAGCAUCCCAUCAGGAAUUCUGAAUUGCCGGUCUCUGGUAACCAUUGAUCUUUCGUCGAAUCGGCUAAGUGGGUCUCUUCCAGAUGGUUUUGGUGCUGCAUUUCUCAAGCUCAAGACCUUGAACCUUGCAGGAAAUGGUAUUUACGGCCGGGAUUCGGAUUUCUCGGGAAUGAAAUCAAUCACUAGCCUUAACAUUUCUGGGAAUUUGUUCCAGGGUUCUGUAAUGGGUGUGUUUCAGGAGCAGCUGGAGGUUAUAGAUCUGAGAAGGAACCAAUUUCAAGGUCACAUUUCCCAGGUACAAUUCAACUCAAGUUACAAUUGGUCUCAUUUGGUUUAUCUAGACUUAUCUGAGAAUAAGCUCAGUGGAGAGAUUUUCCAUAAUUUGAGUCAAGCCCACAAUCUCAAACACCUUAAUCUUGCAUGCAAUAGAUUUACCAGACAAGACUUCCCGAGAAUUGAAAUGCUAUUGAAUUUAGAGUAUCUCAAUUUGUCUAAAACUAGUCUCACUGGUCACAUUCCUGAUGAAAUCUUGCAAUUAGUUCAUUUGAAUACUCUUGAUCUUUCCGGCAACCAUCUUACCGGAAAAGUUCCAGUACUAAGUAUCAAAAACCUCCAACUUCUGGAUGUUUCACACAACAACUUGAGUGGAGAAAUUCCUAUGUCCGUCUUACAGAAACUCCGAUUCAUGGAGAGGUUCAACUUCUCUUACAAUAACCUUACACUCUGUGAUUCAGAGUUCUCCAAUGAGACCCUCCAAACAGCCUUCUUUGGUUCAUUGAACAGCUGUCCGAUUGCUGCGAACCCUGACCUCUUCAAAAGAGGACGAUCCGAUCAUAAGGGAAUGAAGCUUGCUCUGGCUUUAACCCUCUCAAUGAUCUGCUUGCUUGCCGGGUUAUUGCUAUUUCUAGCAUGCGGUUGGAGAAGGAAAACUAGAAAGUGGGCUGUAAAGCAGACCUCAUACAAAGAACAAAAUAUUUCAGGCCCCUUUUCAUUCCAGACUGAUUCGACGACAUGGGUGGCUGAUGUUAAGCAUGCGAAUUCAGUGCCUGUAGUGAUUUUUGAGAAACCAUUGUUGAAUAUCACAUUUGCAGACCUCUUAUCUGCAACAUCAAAUUUUGACCGUGGUACCCUUUUGGCUGAAGGCAAAUUUGGGCCUGUUUAUAGAGGAUUUCUACCUGGUGGAAUUCAUGUGGCAGUGAAAGUUUUGGUCCAUGGGUCUACAUUAACAGACCAAGAAGCUGCAAGAGAGCUUGAGUGUCUUGGUCGAAUCAAACACCCCAAUCUUGUUCCGUUGACUGGAUAUUGCUUAGCUGGGGAUCAAAGAAUUGCUAUCUAUGAUUACAUGGAGAAUGGUAACUUGCAGAAUUUGCUUUAUGACUUGCCGCUAGGGGUUCAGAUUACAGAGGAUUGGAGCACAGAUACGUGGGAACAAGAUGAUAUUAAUGGAAUUCAAAAUGUUGGGUCUGAAGGGUUGUUAACAACUUGGAGAUUUCGUCACAAAAUCGCGUUCAGCACAGCCCGAGCGCUGGCAUUUCUCCACCAUGGCUGCUCACCUCCAAUUAUUCAUAGAGAUGUCAAAGCUAGCAGCGUUUAUCUGGACUAUGACUUGGAACCAAGACUAUCUGAUUUUGGUCUGGCUAAAAUUUUUGGCAAUGGUUUAGAUGAGGAGAUAGCUCAUGGGUCACCAGGGUAUGUGCCACCAGAAUUUUCUCAUCCAGAAUGUGACCCCCCAACACCAAAAUCCGAUGUGUAUUGCUUUGGGGUUGUUCUGUUUGAGCUAAUUACUGGGAAAAAGCCUAUUGGAGAUGAUUAUCCUGAGGAGAAAGAAGCAAAUUUAGUGAGUUGGGUUAGAGGAUUAGUAAGGAAGAACCAAGGGUCGAGAGCUAUUGAUCCAAAAAUAGUUGAUACAGGAUCAGAUGACCAGAUGGUGGAGGCCCUCAAGAUUGGAUAUCUGUGCACGGCUGACCUUCCCACGAAGCGACCAACCAUGCAGCAAAUAGUUGGACUUCUUAAAGAUAUUGAACCAACAUCUCAUCAGUGAAGAAGAAACGUGAAAAAUGAGACAGCAUGGAAGUCUCUUUGCUUUGCUUUUCUCCUCCUUUGUUCUUUUUCUAAGUUAUGAGUUCUUUCUAUGCUGCCAUGGAGGAGGGGAGUGUACAGUACGUUGUCCUGAAAUUCUGCUUUGGUUUUGCUGUCUUUCUUUUCACCUUCCCUUUUUUGGUGGCAUAAAAGCUUAAUUUAUAUACAAAAAGAGCUUGAUCCUUUGUUCCUUUCAA